AUGGACUCUGAACUACCAACAGCCAAUCUGAGAUUCAUGAAUCAAGAGUUUGUCAAGUUGGACAGAUUCGAUGGUCAGAACUAUACCCGCUCGGCGGACAAGGUUAAGUUCAUGCUAGUUGUGCUGAAACUUUACUAUAUCCUUGAUCCUGACUUGCCUGCAAUCCCUGAUGACCCUCCUGGUGAAGCAGAAGAGCUCCCAAAUGAAGAUUUGGCAAGGCAAAGACUUAUCCGUAAGGAAGCUGAAGAUCUUUGUCUGGGCCACAUCAAAAAUUCCCUUUCGGAUCGCCUCUAUGACUUGUACGCGCCGAUAAAAAGUGCUAGAGAAUUGUGGAAAGCUUUGGAAGAUAAGUACAAGGCUCAUGAAGAAGGUACUAACAAAUACCUUAUUGCCAAGUACCUAGACUUCCAAAUGGUCGAUGACAAGUCAAUCUUGGAGCAGGUGCAUGAACUCCAAGUUCUUGUUAACAAAUUGACUGCACUUUCUAUUCCGCUGCCAGAAAUAUUUCAAGUAGGGGUCAUUAUUGCAAAAUUGCCUCCUGGUUGGAAAGAUUUCUCAAAGAGAAUGAUGCACAAGUCUGAGGACUACUCAUUGGAUGAACUGUUGAAGCACCUUCGAAUUGAGGAGGAAACGCGCAACAUGGACAAAAGAGGUAAAGUCGGAUCGAGUGUGAAUCAUCUUGCUGGAGGAUCUGGUCAUAAGGGAAAAAGGGCAUCAUCAAAGAAUAAGAAGUUUACAGCACCAAAGAAAAAAGAGUUCAAGAAGUCAUAA